AUGAUUCAAAGGAAUCUCAACAUCCUAUUGUCGAAUAAGUCAUAUAAAACUUUGCAGAUGUUAUACGUUCUGUCAGUUUGUUAUUGGGAGUUCAUACACUGCUCAUGUGGGGAAAGAAUAUAUUAUGGAACGGACAGAAAUUUCGAUGGAACUGUUCCAAAAUCUGAGUCGUAUUUUAUCAACUCCAAUUCUCCUCAAACGCAAUAUUAUUGCGCGUUGAGAUGUUUUAAAAGUGUAGUUUUUUGCAUUGGCUUUCUGUUUAGCUCUCAAAAUGCGUCCUGUAAGUUGUUGAAGACAUAUUUGACUGAUGCUGACAAAAACGGUAAUUUUGUUGGAGAGGACUGGGAAUAUCGAAAAAGAUCAACAGAAAUCCUGUCUUUGAAUAAGCCCGUCAGUGCCAGUUCAAAUUUUGAAGAUUACUAUCCAAAUGCUGGCCACAAACUCAUUUACCUCGUAGAUGGGAUAACAAAUGCACCUGGAAAAUUUCACACGUAUUAUGAACCGUAUCCCUGGGUGACGAUCGACCUUGAAAAAUUUAGUAUCAUUAGGGAUGUGGUUAUGUAUAACCGCGCCGAUGAUCAUGGUCGGUGGCUUCACAGUGUGGAGAUAAGAGUGGGAAACUCUUCUGUCUGGUCAGAGAUGACUACUUGUGGCACAUACCAAGGACCCAGUGAGACGGGGGAUAUAAUUACCGUUGAAUGCAGACCAUCACGUUAUGGAAGAUACGUCACUCUGAAGAUAUUUCAACUUAACUACAUAACAGAUGACUGGAAUGCUAGAAAUGGCAACAAUGCAUUAGUGCUUGAGGAAGUUGUUAUCAACGGACUUUAUUUGUGA